AUGAAUAAAACUUGUCGCGACUUUUGCGACAAGCUUCCUGGCCAGCCUCAAUUCCAUUGUCUUUUCCCACCCAGUCCUGGCGCCGGCACGGUUGAUUACCCCCUCCUUAUGGGCUUUACUUGUCGGCCAGGUCCAUUGGUUACAGAAAACCCAUGGUCCAAUUACGAAGCACUUAACGACUUCGUCGAGGAAUAUCUCCUGCGCGUACAGAAUGGCCGCCACGAGGAGCCGGGUCUCAUAGACAGCACUUCAGAGUACUGGAGUGACUUUGCAGCCUUGAAGCCUUUAUAUCCAUACCAGGACUUGUUUCCAUGGGACUGCACAGAGGCAUACGGAAGAUACGCUACCCAUUGCAGAGACUGCAACCUGCCUAAACAUGUCUGGCUCAGUCCCUUUGACUCCUUCUCCAUUUUCUCCAUGCACCUCUCCCGGGGCAGCUUCCUCUACCCUCGGGAAGACGACCAUACCCUGAAAAGGAGCAGUCGAGGAAGCGCAAUCCGGCAUGGUUCCGGAAUAGAAUGCGCCUUCUUCUAG